AUGCCGCGCGAACGAGAACUGGAAGGGUCGGCCCGGGAUGUGGACGAAGUGGAGAGCCUCGUGGACAAACUCCGCAGUGGUCAGUUCUCAGAUGCCAUUUCCGCAGCUCAGCGAGCGACCGAAGCACAGGAACAGAUGUGUCUCAGACCUGAUGGCACAGUGAAGAAGGCUGACCCUUUGUCAGCAUUUGUACAUGUUGCUUCGGCACCACCAGGUUCAGAAAGCGUUGGCCCAGAUGAUGAUGAGCUAAAGAAGUUGCGUGAAGCCAGAAAGGCCCAGCUGCAGAAGGAGAGCCUGUGGAAGAAGCAGGGCCACGGAUCCCUGCGUGAGCUGGCAGAUGAAAAAGAGUUUGUCGAAACGAUUGCACCGCACGAGCAAGCACUUCUGCUGCUCGAUGACGGUCGGUCACCUGCAGGUGAGGAAUGCCGAAAGGUUUUGGGCCGGUUGGCCGGCAAGCAUCUGGAGACCCAGUUCUGCUGGCUAUCAGCGGACCGUGCGUUCUUCCUGACGCAGAUGGUCGAUCUUGAAGCACUUCCGACAAUCUUUGCAUUGAGAUAUGGAGAAGUGGUGAGACAUUUACCGCCGUCCCGGCUCUUUGCAUACUCAUCUGCAAGCUCACCGCUGUUUCCCAGACAUCUUUCAAAAGCUCUUUACAGCAUCAACAUGAUUGACAACCCUGACGACGACAGUGCAUCCAGCGGUGAUUCGGGGGAUGGCUUCUAG